GUAACAAGAAACCGCUGGGGCCCUGGUUGGUGUGGUCAUAUCGAUGGUGCACCACCAGGGUUCAUCUGUCCAUUUUGUAUGACAGAUCUCGGCGAUUUCCCGCGCCUGCAAAAUCAUGUCGAUACUAUCCAUCCCGAGAGAGGACAGGACCUAACUUAUACUGUCAUUGACAAUGUGAAAGGUAAGCUCAGAAACGAGAAAGGUGCUGACAGAAUGGUAACGAACGUUGCGACUCGGUGGUUCCAAACCAAUGAAAGUUCUGUUAUGCUUUCUUAUUUAGGGGUCACAAGGUCACACACAGAAUACUUUCGUAAGAUUCGCGACUCCUCAGUAAAUGAGAGUGCCGUUAGAACGAAUAUGCUCAUAAUACGUCUCGAUAGACUUAUCAAUGAAUGCCCUUGUGAUCCUUCGAAAAGGAAAGAAUUUGAACGUGAGGUUGUCCCAUGGUCUGCUGAUUCGGAGUCGUUGCACUGCACUCGAUGUGCAGCUAAAUUUGGCAUUGCUCGCCGAAAGCAUCACUGCCGUCUUUGUGGACGAGUUAUGUGUCAACAGUGCAGCCACUUUCUUUCGUUUCUCUCAGCGAGAAAAUUGACGAACCCGGCAUUGGCCGCUGAAAUGCUUAGCAACAACAUCACCACAGUCGAAGCAGAAGCGUCUCCGUCACACAGUCGUCGACUGCUGGAAAUGACACAGAAGACUACUGGAAAGGUGAUCUCGUUCAUUGAAGGAGCCGUUGCCAAGAUCCAGACGACGGACGGCAGUGAAAUCAGUCUCGGCUCACUACUCCAGCAGGACGCCCAGGAGUGUCUACGUAUUUGUGGAUCGUGUAUGAUGGAUUUGAGCCGGCGAGAGCAGAUGAUGGAACAGCGAAAUCCUCCUGUACUCGCGGAACAGUAUGAAACUCUUGAUCGAAUGAUCGCAGAAGCGUCUGCAAUGGUACCGAGUUACGCGCGAAUGUCCGAAAGCAUUAAGUAUGUUCUGAUUACUUCUAGGUUUGCCUUAGGGGGAAGUGAAUGCAUACCUCUCGAAACCAUUACAUAUAAAAGGUCAUAUAGUAUUGUUGCUGAGGCAGAGAACGAGAGUUGCGGCGUAAAGGAGGCUCAAUUGAGGAAGAACAUUCGAUUCGCAUGUGUGCAAACAUUACAGGUACUACCUUAA